AUGACACCUCAUGCUCAGUCAGAACUGAACCGGUGGUCCGCUGAAAUUGGCGGAGAAAUCCACGACGCCUCCCUCAAGGUGGCCGAGCUGAGGAAGAUGUCCAAGCAGAAGGGCAUCUUCAACGACAAGACCAACCAAAUCCAGGAGCUGACCCACACCGUGAAGCAGAGCAUUCAGCUGCUAAAUCAAAAGAUCGAAGCGCUGGAGAUGAAAACAAAGGGCUCUGGGCCGAACAAGAGCUACCAAGCGCACUCUUCCGCAUUGGUGGAUGCGCUCAAGACGAGGCUGCUGCAAGUGACCAAAGAGUUUAAAGAUGCCUUGGAGGACCGCACGAAGGCUUUGGAGCAGCAGGACAAAAGGAGACAGAUGUACACCUCUGGGGCGGGCUUCGAUGCCGGUCGGCAGAGGCCGACACCAGCUGGCAACCCAGAAGACUUGGAAGGCGGCGGUGGUGCACGUGCGAUGUCGAUGCAGCAAGGUUACCACAACUCCAGGGCAGAGGCGGUGCAAAGUGUUCAGAAGACCAUCGGCGAGUUGGCACAAAUGUUUCAGAAGAUGGCCGUAAUGGUGACUGCUCAAGAAGAGAUGAUCCAGCGGAUCGACAGUGACCUGGACGAUACCCUGGACAACACAAAGAAAGCGCAGGACAACUUGCUUGAGUAUUUCCACUACAUAUCCUCGAACCGUGCUCUCAUCAUCAAGGUCUUCCUGAUUCUGAUAUUUUUCGUGAUUUUCUUUGUGGUGUUUUUGGCAUGA